AUGUCAUUGAGUAACCUAACUCUUUCACAAUACUACGAGAUACAGAAGAAUGAGCUAGAAGCAAUUCGAUCCAUUUACAUGGACGAUUUUCGGGAUCUAACGGUCCAAAAAUCGGGAUGGGAUAAGCAUCCAUCAAUUGUCUUUGAAGUAUCCUUGAAAUCAGCCGAGAAAGAACCGGUUGAGUCUGCGCUGACGCUCCGCAUCACGCUGGCGCCUACAUAUCCCCACAAUCCGCCCCAAAUUGCAUUUAAAAACAUCAAAAAAGUACCGGAUAGCCAAAUAAACUGUUUGCGAUCGGAGUUCAAUGAGAUCUUUAGAAGGUCUAAAGGCCAAGAAAUCAUUUUUGAACUCACAUCUCUAGUGCAAGAGAAGCUAGACGAGGCGCAAACACAGGCCAAUACACAAUCUCUGGAGGACGAGCGAGUGCAGAGAAUUCAAGAAGAGAAAGAAAGGCUUCAAAAGGAAGAACAAGCGAAACAAGAGAUCUUGGACGCGGAACGUCGAAAAGAACAGAGAUUAAUUGAUGAAAUCGUGAGAAAGGAAAUAGAAAAAAGACAUGAUGACGUUCUGGACGCGAAGCAGGACUCAGAUGUCGAUCUAUCUCCGCCUGCUGAUUGGAUCGCCUCUGGACAGGCAUACGUUUUCCCCAAUGCGACAAGAGCGAAGUUACCAAACAAUUCUUACUAUGCUUUCAAAGCCGUGAUCAAUCCAACGGACAUCAAAACUAACGGUGAUUUGUUCAGUUUUGCAUGCCAAAAACUGGUCAAACCAUAUAUACCUCCAGACUCCCUUUUAGCCAGUACCUUGGCAACGUCUGACAUGUUGGACAAUUUCUAUUACCUGUUGACCGAGGUAACACUUGAUAACCAUUACUUUAAUUCCAGUAAUGGUAAAAAAGACAUUUCAAUGUUAGAAAGAGAUUUGGAUUCCCUCACUAAGAUCAGUCACGAUAAUGUUUGCAAAUUAUACGCAUACACCGUUGAACGUACAGGGAGGAGCAGUGCCUCGUAUGCGUGGAAAAUACGGUUGUUGACCGAGUAUUCCAACGCAAAUCUUGUCGGUGACGUCCUUCAGUCAGUGGGCUUCGUUAACUUAGUUACUGCUCGUGGUUGGCUUUUACGACUUUUAGAAGGAUUGGAAAGCCUUCAUAAGCAAGGUAUUGCACAUUCGGCCAUUGGGCUAAACACCGUAGUUCUGGCGAAAGAUAAUGAUUUUGGAACUACUGUGCCGAAACUUCUACAUGCAUCUUACGGCCACGCCAUCACAACCCUUUUAAGUCGCCAUCCUAACAAAAAGGGACCGCGAGUGGACGAAAUUUCUAACGAUUGGCGAGCGCCUGAACUCACCAAAGGAAAUAAUAGCAAAUCGCAGAAAAAGACUGAUAUUUGGGAUUUAGCGGUUUUUUUCAUUCAGGUCGUAAACGGCGCUGACACAACUUUAAACUAUCCAUCACCAUCCGAGUUCCUUAAGUCUGUAGAGAUGGACGGCUCGCUUUUAGACUUCCUAGAAAAAAUGACCGAAGAACAAUUCAAGAACAGAUACGGCCCAUUAGAAUUGCUACCUAUGAAAUUCCUAAGAACUAACAUUGAUCCAGAUUUUGGGAAACUUCAACUACUCGCGGAAAACUUUCCUAGAUCAGCACCAAGAAAGUCAAGUUACUGUAAAAGACACAGCGGUAGUUUUAACAGAUCAGGAGACGCUCGCCGGAGAAGUUUCAAUGUGGGAUCUCGCUUUUCCUCUGUUAAUAAUAAUUCGCGCUCACGGUAUGCUACAGACUUUGAGGAAAUAGCGGUUUUAGGCAAGGGUGCUUUUGGACAGGUAGUCAAAGCCAGAAAUGCUCUGGAUAGUCGAUAUUACGCGAUCAAAAAAGUGCGGCACACUGAAGAAAAACUCUCCACCAUUCUGAGUGAAGUCAUGUUAUUGGCCAGUCUCAACCAUCAAUAUGUGGUCAGGUAUUAUGCGGCAUGGUUGGAAGAAGAUGUAAACGAUGAAGUCGCAGCGACUUCUGAAGACGAAGACGAGAACUCUAACAUUGACUUCGACAGCAUAUCUUUCUCGAGAUCAGAUUUGCUAAGUGCUAAGCCAUAUGAUAGCGGGAGCGAUAGUAAUUGGGAUUUCAUCUCGAACUCUCUUCGCGCAUCUGAUUAUCCUGAAAUCGUAUUUGCGAAUAGCAGCGAUGAAGCUGGAGAUGAAGUUAGUGAUCACGAUGAUAAUGUCGAUGAUCUUGACAAUGGUAGUUGUAGCGAAGAUGCACUAGAUUCUAUCGGAAGUGGCAAGCAAACUGAAUCGGGGUGUGAACUGAGAGCUAGCGUUGAUCGGGGUGACCCAACCGAUGAAAAAGAGCUAUCACGCAGACCAAAAGCCAGCGUUCUACAGUCCAAACAGACUUUCAAGGCGGCGCGAAUGAAAAGCACUCUUUUUAUUCAAAUGGAAUACUGUGAGAAUAGAACAUUGUAUGAUUUGAUUCAUGCUGAAAAUCUCAGUGCCCAAAAAGAUGAAUAUUGGCGGUUGUUUCGUGAAAUUUUAGAAGCGUUGAGUUACAUCCAUUCCCAAGGAAUAAUCCAUAGGGAUUUGAAGCCAAUGAAUAUUUUCAUUGAUGAGUCGAGAAACAUUAAAAUUGGAGAUUUCGGACUUGCAAAAAAUGUUCAACGCUCCUCUGACCUCUUGCGACUAGAUUCGCAAAUGAGUGCCGGUAGCAUGGAAGAUCUCACAUCAGCAAUCGGAACUGCAUUAUAUGUUGCUGCAGAGGUGCUGACAGGAAAAGGGAAAUAUAAUCAAAAAAUUGACAUGUAUUCCCUCGGUAUUAUUUUCUUCGAGAUGAUCUAUCCUUUCAGUACGGGCAUGGAGCGGGUUAAUGUCAUAAAAGGUUUGAGAACACCAGAGGUCGAGUUUCCCAAAGAUUUCGAUGCGAUCAAAUUCAAAAUCGAGAAAAAGAUUCUGAAGCUUUUGCUCAAUCACGAUCCUGCCAAAAGACCAGACGCCAGUCUUUUGUUGCGGAGCGAUUGGAUACCUGUGAAGCAUCAAGAUGAAGUCAUUAAAGAAGCACUGAAAAGCUUGUCAAACCCCUCUUCUCCAUGGCAACAACAGGUAAGAGAAAGCUUGUUUUCGCAGCCUUACAGUAUUACCAACGAUAUCCUGUUUGAUAAUCCUACAAAAUCGGUUACUAGGUUUAACCAGCUUCUGAGGUCACAAAUGAUGGAACAAGUAACCAAAAUUUUCAGAAGGCAUGGCGGAAUUGAAAAUAAUGAACCUACUGUGGUAUUUCCCAAGGCUCCGAUAUACUCCAAUCAGAUGGUUUAUGAAGUUCUUGAUAAGGGUGGGUCCGUUUUACAACUUCAAUAUGACCUGACUUAUCCAAUGGCAAGAUAUAUCUCCAAAAACCCGCACUGCGUUUCCAAACAAUACCGAAUGCAAUAUGUCUACCGCCCACCUCUGCAAUCACAGUCCAGUAUGGAGCCGCAAAAAUUCAUUGAGGUUGAUUUUGACAUUGUAUCAGCCUCGUCUGCCGAUUCAGCCCUGCAUGAUGCCGAAAGCAUCAAAGUCAUUGACGAGAUUAUCUCAGAGUUCCCCAUCUUCGGAAAAACAAACACAGUUUUUAUAUUGAAUCAUGCUGAUGUCCUGAGCAGUGUGUUUAAUUACUGUUCGAUCGACAAGGCUCAGCGUGCGCUCGUUUCUCAUAUGCUCUCGCAAGUAGGGUACACGAAAACGUUCAAAGAUGUCAAAAAUGAGUUAAAAUCUCGGCUCAAUAUUUCUUCAACUUCUCUCAACGACCUAGAGCUUUUCGAUUUUCGAUUGGACUACGAAGCCGCCAAGAAACGGUUGAAUAAGUUAAUGGUUGACAACCCCCAUUUAGCAAAGAUAGAAGACGCUAUGAGCUACAUUGUAAAAGUGCUUCAAUUCUUGAAGUAUUUCGGCGUAUCAAGAAAUGUGGUCAUUUGCCCGUUGGCAAAUUAUAAUUGGGCUUUUUACAGAGGCAACAUCAUGUUCCAGGCGGUUUACGACGACCAAAAGACCAAGAGUCUUAUUGCAGCUGGUGGUCGUUACGAUAACCUUGUAUCGUACACUGCCAAGUCAUCAGGCCCCCGUAUUAACACUUCGCUCAAGGCUGUGGGCUUCAACUUAGCAUGGGAAACGAUAGUGCAUGUAGCGCAGAAUUACUUCAAGCUGGCUGGUCCUAAGACGAAGAAAAGAAGUUCAUUUCUGCGCGAAUCGACAAUUGACUGGAGGCCAAAGCGCUGUGACGUACUCGUAUGCAGCUUUUCGACUUUUGUUCUAAACAGCUUUGGCGUUGAAAUCUUAGCAAACCUGUGGAAAGCAGGUAUCAGUGCCGAUUUUCUGCGAGACUGUUUUACGGUGGACGACGUUGUCAGUGCAGCGCAAAAGGACGGGGCGGAAUGGAUCAUUUUUCUCAAGCAGCAAAGUUAUUCGGUAUCGAAUCACAAGAGAAAAUACAAACCUCUCCGAGUGAAAAAGAUAAGCAGCGAAGCUGACCUUGAUUUGGAUUUCGAAGAAUUUCUGAGCCUUUUCCAACAAGAAUCAGGCAAUCGCGCAACAACAGCAGCCGACACCUCCCAGUUUGCGGAACCAGCACUUGCCAUAGAAGAGAAACGAUGGGAUGAACUCAGUAAUGGUGAUGGUAGUCAAGAUGGUAGAAGCGACAAUUCUACGGGACCCUCGGUUCAAAAAGUCGUCUACAUUCCGAACAUGGCAACACGCGCAAAGAAAUCGAACAAAAAGGAGAAAUGGAUUUAUGAGGACUCCGCCAGGAGCGCAUCUAAGGCCAUUUUAAACAGUCUUUAUGCGACUCCCAUAUUUGCAGUAGAUGCCAUUAGAGAUGAAACUUUAGAAAUCAUAUCAAUUACAUCGCUGGCUCAAAAGGAUGAAUGGCUAAGGAAAGUAUUUGGUUCAGGUAAUAAUUCAGCUCCCAGAAGUUUCGCAGCUAGCAUAUACAACAAUCUUUCAAAAGAGGCUUCCAAAGGAAGUAAAUGGGCUAUUUUACAUUGUAACAAAACCGGAAAGUCCUGUGUCGUUGAUUUACAAAGGUAA